UGUGUAUGUCCGUGUGUCUGUGUGUGUGUGUGUGUGUGUCCAUGUGUGUGUGUGUGUGUGUGUGUGUGUGUGUGUCCCUGCGUGUGAGACAGAGCAGUCAGUGAGCAGAAAGACUGUAUGUUCGAAGCUGAACACAAGCUCUACACUCUCAGAGGUGGCAGUGUUGCACAAGAGCUGAACGCAAUCACUAUGGGACCUAGUUCCUGGAGCCUUUGUAUUCUUUUCUGUGCCUGGACAUGGGGACAAAGUAUGGGCCUUUCACGGAGACGGAGGGCCUGGGAGGAAAAGGGAGAUGAUGGUCCUAAAAAGUGCUCCUACACCUUCCUGGUCCCUGAGCAGAAGAUCACAGGGCCCAUCUGUGCAAGUCGUGGACCCUCGCUUCCAGACAAAGAUCGGGUAACCAGGAUGGACAUAGCAGAUGUCCGUGAACUGAUGUCCAAGCAACGACGUGAAAUAGACACCCUGCGGAUGGUGGUGGAUGUGGAUGGCAACAUGGUGAGCGAGAUGAAACUGCUGCGGAAGGAGUCUCGUAACAUGAAUUCCCGUGUCACACAGCUCUACAUGCAGCUUCUGCAUGAGAUCAUUCGCAAGCGGGAUAAUUCACUUGAGCUGGCACAACUUGAAAGCCGCAUCCUCAAUGCCACAACAGAGGCGUUACGACUCUCAGCACGCUACAGGGAUCUCGAGGCCCGAUUCUCUUCCCUUGCUGCUGUGGUUAACAACCAGUCCGUUCUGAUUGGUGCUCUGGAAGAGAGGUGCCUGCAGGUUUAUGGGAAUCACAGGCAGGAGCCACUUCCCCCGCCGCUGGUUCAGGUGGUUCCAGAGAACAUUCCAGUGCAUGUGCCCCGUUUUUCCAAUGAGAUCCAGAGGGUCCACAGCCGGGCUUUCCCCAGGGAGAGGGGUUCCAGAGCAGGACCAGAACCCACUGAAAGUACACUGGAACUCAAACGACCUCUGACUGGCAACUUCAGCUCUGAAGGUCCUUUUCGCGACUGCCUUCAUGCCAUGCAGGCUGGACACGCCACUAGUGGAAUGUACCUUCUUAAACCAGAUGGCAGUGACAAGCUGAUGCAAGCGUGGUGUGAACAAGAUGUGGACAAUGGAGGCUGGACCAUAAUCCAGAGGAGAAAGGAUGGAUCUGUUAACUUUUUCAGGAACUGGGAGAGUUAUAAGCAAGGUUUUGGCAACAUAGAUGGUGAACACUGGCUGGGUCUGGAGAAUAUUUACAACUUGGGCAAGCAGGGAGAUUACAAAUUACUGGUGGAGCUUCAGGACUGGAUGGAAAAGAAGGUGUACGCAGCCUACAGCAGCUUCCAUCUGGAGCCUGAGAGCGAAGCAUACCGCCUGCGUCUGGGCACUUACCAAGGCAACGCUGGGGAUUCUUUAACCAGCCACAAUGGGAAACAGUUCACCACGCUGGAUCGGGACAAGGAUUCUUUCUCAGGAAAUUGUGCUCACUUCCAUAAAGGUGGCUGGUGGUACAAUGCAUGUGGCCAGACCAAUCUCAAUGGCGUGUGGUACUCUGGCGGUGUGUAUCGCAACAAGUUCCAAGACGGCAUCUUCUGGGCGGAUUAUGGAGGAGGCUUCUACUCCAUGAAAGCUGUGCGCAUGAUGAUCAGACCUAUCGACUGAAGCAGAAACAAAUCAAAGCCUGAACAUUGUUUGACAGUGCAUCUGCAGUGACAAAACAGGAACUUUAGAAGAGCUGGGCGAGUAUUCUCAAAUCCGCUUUAAAUCCGCUAAACUUUAUCAGCUUUAUGAGCCCAGAUCUUUGGAGGUUCCCCUGCACACAAGGCCUUUAUACAAAGUGCAUCAUGAUUAGACACUAAAUCAAAAGUACAUGCUUGUAUUUCUCCAUGGGGAACUGUAAAAAUGUCACUGUGGAUAGCUUAGAGCUUGUUUGUGAAAUCAUUCAUUCAUUUUUUCUUUUAUUAUCUUUCCACAUUUCCUACUGGGGGUUGUGGUCAUGACAGCCCGAGAAGGUCAUCCCAGAUGUUUAAAUGUAAUAAAAUGUUAUUUGUAAAGCACUUUAAACAACAGACAUUGUCACAAAGAUUUAGAUUUAGAUUAGAUCUGUAUCCCUGGCCACAGAAUCCAGCUCCUUCGUGGUGAUCCACAGAUGUUCUCAUCCAGCUGUGAAAUAAUUUUCCCAGCAAAUCAUGAGUCUUCCCUGAGGUCAAAGUCUAGCCUGAUAAAUAUCUAUCAGGAGACUUGUGAGGUGCUGAAACCUCUGAAAUGGGCAUCACAGAGUCUUUUUCCAUUAGCAAAGUGAUGAAGGGUCUAGACCCUUUAAGGGCACUUUUACAUAAGAUUAAACCCUUGUACAUUUCCCCUUUGGUGUGCUUCUUUAAGCAGGUGAGUUCACAGCUAUCAUUGUUAGAUGUGUCUGAAAACAACCAGUCUGAGCAUGUGUAAGGUAGGUGGUCUCUGUCUGCAUCCAAGUGAACUCAAGCAUGAAAGAAGUGAAUCUAAGUUUUGUGUUUUGGGCUGGUUUUGCACCCGGCCCCCAUCCUUCAUCUCCCAAGACUCAAAGGCUGUAUCUGGCACAAUGCCUCAGUUCUGACAAAGAACAUCAUUGGAAUACCAUGAAAAAUGCCAAAUUGGUGAUGAUAGAGUACACUUUGACUAAACCCAUCCACAAAGUAACUGAUAAAUAAAACAUGUAGAUAACAUCUCCUUCAGCUUCUGAGACAGAUUUGGAAGCUGCAUGAUAGUAUAUAAAGAAAUCCAGAUCUGCGCCUUAGUUUAACUUACUCUGUCUCCGUCGAAUAAAUACCGCUUUCAGUAAUGAGGUGUAUAACGGUUUAUAUAUUAUUUUUGACAAGGUUCUUCUCACAUUUACCAACUCAGCCUGCUUUAUGACUGGCUGGCACUGCGCUCUAGACUGCCACGGUUUAUUCAGAUCCAAACAAGCGCCAAUGAAGUCAGAGCACUGUGGAAAAAAAAAAAAAACAACACCACCUCUUUGUGCAAUUAGUUUAAAUCUAAUCCAGUGCUGGACAUUUUGGCCAUCUAAAAAUACAGGCACACUCGUCAAAAAAGAAGCAAGAAUUAUGGCCUAAUUUUGGUCGUCUUUUGAGAUUUGAACAAAAAAAAAAAAACGAAAGGAAACUGCAGACCAAGCAAAGGGCCUCCGAGGGGUACGGGUACAGACAAUGAGAAACAGAUUGCUCAAAACCCAAACAGAACUCGGAGAGCUGGUGGAGGAGGGGGAAGGACGGUUAAAAAGGAAGUGAAGUCGAACUUUGCUGAAGGUUAUUUUUUUACCCUCUUCUAAAAUACAAAGCCUUUCACAUUCUUUCCAGGAGAAAGAACAGUUGUGAAGGUUGUGUUUGAUCUCAGGAGUCACAAAAUCCCUGUGGGCGGUAAUCGCAAGCGAGGUCUAAAACCAUCCCGGAGACCACUUCAUGGACCGCAAGGACUUAAAGGAGCCUCAAAUGUCAACGUAGUUUGAAUGCAAAAUAUUAUGCAUCCCUGACCUCAACUAGGCUGUCAGGAGUAUCGUAUUGCUAGAACCUUUCGAUAACGAAAAUAAAGUUCUCUUGGACACUGA